UUAAUUAUUUAUUUUUAGGAAUAAAAGUAUUUAGUUGCUAUGUCAUCACGGAUUAUGCAAUGGAGAAAAAUUAAUAAAUCAGUAAUUGAAUUAUUUACUGAGACAGAUAGUACAAUAGAAACAGAUAAACAACAAAUAAAUGUUUCAGAUUAUAGAGUUCUUUCCGAAGAAUCAAUUGAGCAAGAAGUUGAAGGUGUUGAAGAAACAGAUUUCGACUCAGAUUCCGAUCUUGACUCCGCCGGAGUCUCCGAUAGUUCUGAUUCUAAUUCUUGUUUCUUGAAUCAUGGAAACUUUAUAGAUGACAAAAUAAUAAAUGGAAAUCUACGUGAAGAAUUAGCAGAAUGGGUUGUUGUAUCAUUAGAGGAAUAUGAACAGACUCUUCCAUCAAACUGGGUAAAGUGUAACAAAGUAUUUUGGCCUAAUAAAAAUUUUGAGUCAUCAAUGAAAAAAAUGUCCAAUCCAACUGAUGAUUGGUACCAAUUUAAACUGAAAUACAUCAAGCUAACUGAUGAUGACAAAGAAGUAUGUGAAGAGUAUGGAAAUAAUGUGACAGCUGGAGAACUGGAUAACAAUGAAAUGAUGAUUAAGAGUUGUCCCAGCUCAUCUGAAAAAAGACAUGCAAUUAUUAAGUAUAUUCCAAAGCCAGUUCCACCGAAAAUGCCAAUAAGAACUGUUACGCCGGAUACAGAUGUUCCACAAAAAGCAAAAAGGAACAAUUCAAGUCAAAAAAUUUCAUCUGGUUAUACUCAAACCUCUUCUAUACAUGGUGGUUAUUCUGGACUUACUGCUUUAUCAACAGCUCACAUACCAUUUCUUUCAACUACUACCUCUUCUACAUGUGAUCAUUUUUCUAUACGCAAACCAACAUUAAACAGUCAGACUAUUACUAGUAUGUUAGAAAGCUCAUUCACCAAUGUUUCCACCAAUUCAUCUGCUGUUAUUUCUCAAUCUUAUGUUAAUUACAAUAGAAGAGAUUCUGCUUGUGCUCGGGACGAGUUAAUAAGCUCAAAAAAUCUCGAAGAUAAUGUAUUACGGAGGUUGGCCCAAAUAACCUUGCAAAUGAGUGAAAUAUCCAAAAAGUUAGAUGCAGUUAGUGGCACCAGAAUGAAAGAUGUUGAAGGAGAGAUAUUAAUACAAUUUGAUGAUAUAGACGUUUUAUAUGAGUUCGAUCGAAAACUUGGAGCUGACAAAAGGUGUUGA